AUAUUAGCAAGAUUUGGGGUCUAGCGUUUUUUCAAACUGCUAGCUAGCAUGGCAUUGCUAACAACUAGCAAAAACCGCACCACGUUAUAGCUAACGUUACUAUUUUUUUCACAGCAACAUUAAAUCCCAUUCCCUGCAUUGUCAUAUCAACUGUGUUACGGACAUUAUGUAUUAUUAUGGGUGUAUAACGUUUAGCAAUUAAUUUAGUUAACUUCGCUAGAUAUACAAACGUAAUGCCAACGUUUUGCUGCGUGUACUUUGCCAAUGUACUGUCUGUCAGCGUGACAAUUGUUAUCUUUGACUAACUAAUUGACCAGCAUCUGCGUUAGACCCCUCUGACUCCCAGAAAGCUCCGAUUCAAUCUCCCAUUCACUAGCUCUGCAAGCGUUAUAAUUGCAAAAUGCGUUCAUUGAAUUUCGCCGAGAAACUACCUUCAUUUACUCCCGUUAUGGCCGGUAUAUACUUCCACAAAAGGCGUAAGUAAAUCGGCCCAAUAAAAAUAUUAGCUCAAAUACCUUUUCAGUAUAUCCUGUUACUAUCAUCCGUAAAAUAUAUUUUCAAAUCAAUUGGUCCUGAUUUAAGCAUGAUCAACAGUACAACUAUGAAACUCGAAGAACCAAAAUAACUUAGCUCAUUGGAUUAUUAUUAUUAUAACGCCUAUGAAUCGGAGCAUUCUGGACUUUAGAGGUCCCUAACGCAAAGAUACUGGUUGAACUAGGCAACUACUUAAUCAUGUAACCAUAUAUUCUACCCCUGAAAGACAGUGCUUAGCUACACUAAUCUUCAGUUCUGCUGGCUAGAAUAGGGCUGUGUAGUCAAUAGUGUGCACAUCUGAAUAAAUAUGGUAGUCAAUUGCAGGUGUCUUGUCAGUAGGCCGGUGUUCCAUUGGCUGACAUGGGUUCAUUCUCUGACUCUUCUUUAGAUACAUACAUCUCUUGGUAACAUGAUACUACUCACUGUACCUAACAUAUAAUGCUUUGUUGUUGUCCCUCCCCCAUAGCCUACCAUGCUGAGGUGGUGAGACUGGGUGGUCACAGUGAUAUGGUAAUGUAAAGUGAAUGACGCAGGACACUGACAGUACUGGCCACGACAACAAGAAACAGCAGUGGUUUGCCUGUGAUGAGUGGCGACGGCACUGGUUUGGGGGCCCCUGGCCUGCUAGCAGGGUAUUGGGAAAAAAUCCAGGAACGCUCAGCUUUGUUGGAGACCUGUCCAUGGUGUGCUGCUAAAGGACAGUCUCUGGCCCUGCGCUCCUACAGGAUCAACUUCCAGGAGUUCAUCACUCUCUGCACUGACCCACAGUGCCUGUUUCCCUUGGUCUCUCGUCCUUUGGAGGAUGUCCUGGCCAGCCUCGUACCCCCUCUACCCCAAACUCAGACAGGGAGCAAGAGGAAGAGUCACUGCGGGUUGGAGAACGGAAACCCUGUACCUUCCCCCAAACGUGCACGAUCAGUGGAGUCAGAAGUGGCCGAGGACGCCGUAUCACCGAGUGGAGCUCUAUCAGUCAGCGGCAUCACCAACACACUCAAUGGGGAAGAAGAGUGCUUUAAUGGGAAGAAGGAGAGAAUCAGCCAAUCAGAACACACCAACAUGGAUCUGGUGGAUACAACUCUCAAACACACACUUCCUGAGACUGAGAGGGGAGGGGCCAACGGAUACCACAAGGAUUCUGGUUGGUCGAUGCCAGAAGAAAUGGACCAGGAGCUCCUAGAAGAGGAACAAGAUGGUCUCUUUCUCCCAGAGGAGGAUACACCUACUUUAGACAAGGGUUUUCCUCUCCAAAAGAAGACGGUACCGGUCUUACAGGUGGCCGUUUCUGUUGUAGAGCCUACUGUAGAGUCUGAAGGUGCACCAAAGGAGGUUCUCUCUACUUUACAGGAGGCCGUAUUUGCCCUAGACAAUACUUUAUCUGCCCCGCAAGUAGCCAUUUCUGUCCCAGAGAAAAUUUCACGUCCUUUACAUGUGGCCGUUUCUGCCUCAACGUCUGCCCCAGAGAAACCCUUGGCCAAGGCUGCCUUAGUGGAGGUUGUCCCUACCUUAGAGGACACAGUCUCUCUCUUCGAGGUUCUGACUGCCCCAGGGGAAGUUACACCAUCACAUCAGAAGGUUCAUCCUCCCUUACAAAGGACUGUGAAGGUUGUGUCUGCGCCAGAGAAGGUUGUGGGGACACCUGACAUGGAAGCUGUCCUGGUGUUGCAGGAGGCUCUGACCAUCUUAGAGGAGGCUUCACCUGGCAUGAAGGAGGGUCUCUCUGUCUUAAAGAAAGAUGAGGAGUGUUUAAUCUCCUUGGAAAAGGAGGAUGAAGUGGCUAUACUUGUGGCUUUGGAGGAUGUCCCUGCCUUAGAAGAGGUUGAGAAGGCUCUACCUGCCUUGGUGGAGGAUGUUCCUGCUUUAGAGAAAGAUGAGGAGGAGGUGGCUACACCUGCCUUGAUGGAUAAUGAGUACGGAGAGGAGGAUUUGCCUGUCUUUGACGAGGAAGAGCGCCCCCCAGAGGUGAUGUGUAGGCCCUGUAGUGUGGACCUCAGUCAGAGCAGAGUGCCUGUUGAAGUUCAUGAUGAUGAUGAUGAUGAUGAUGAUGGUCCUAUCAAAGCUAGAAGAAGAGCUCAGAACGCCCGGCAACUAAUCAGUAGCGAGGACGAGAUGACCGGCGCAACCAUGGAAACAGAAGGGGAAGGAAGCGUCACAGAGGAAGUGGAAGUUGUGGCAUCACAGACAAAAAAGAAAAUGGGCCGGCCGAGAAAGACUCCUAUUAUUAAAUACACACAGGAAGUGGUGCCCAACUUUGACCCUGAAGUGAUCUCGACUGAGGAGUUGGUUCCGGUUCCCGGGCCUCACCUAUUCUGGAGGAAUGAGAAUAGUCUGUGUUGGCUGGACACCUUGCUGGUAGCGCUGGUGCACCUUCACACCCUGAGGGACAGACGACCCACCAAGAGGCCCGCUGGAGGUCAACCUGUCUGGGACCUGUGUGAGAGGUACAAUCAGGCCUGUGGGCUCAUCACAGCCUACCAACACACUGGCGCAGACGGUGUAGUCAGAGUGCCCUCUGCGGUGUUACAGAGGGUUCAAACUGAGAUGCAGGCCAUCAGGAUGUCCAUCUUUAAACUGCUGGAGCCCCUACUGAAAUGUAAACUGGGUCAGAAUGAGACACCGGUGUUCGCCCUGCCCCUCCUCCUCAGGGCCGACUCCUGGGCAGAACCUCUCUUCCAGCAAGCAUAUGAGUGGCAGUUUGAGUGUAUCUCAACAACUUGUCAACAUGCCACCAACACCAA